CGGGACAUGUUUUUCUAAAUAACCGUCUCGUACCGCAAAAAUGCGUAGUGUACACGCCGGUUUACACGUCCGUGUACACCAAAUAAAAAGCCCCACCCCCCUUUCUAACCCACCCUAGUUUUGAAUUAAUCCUCCCCACUCCCCUUCUUCUACCCUUUGCACACACAUUAAUCCUCCCCACUCCCCUUCUUCUCCCCUUUGCACACACAAUAUGCAUGUUACGUUUUUUAUUUGUUUGUACCCUUCCUCUCUCUAACCUGCAACACUUCUUCAUUUUCAUUCAAGUGGUGAUCGAGGUUGUGGUAGGUGACGAGCACCAUGGAAGCCAGUAAUACGUAUGUCUGCGACGACGAAAUUCGUUGGACAUGGGAGAAAAUUUUCGGGCACAGUCCUGGUGAAACCUCCACGCCAGCUGUGACGGAAGGCGGUGAACAUACGACAGAGGGAGACAUGCAAGGCCAUGAACACAUGAACACGUCUGCGACGGAAGGAGUUGAACACACUCCCACUGCCACGCUAGGCGAUGAACGCACGACGAAUGGGAAAGCAGUUGACGCUGAGCUAGGUUGGUGUUUAUGUAGCGUCGUUUCUUCAUGGUUGUUAUGUUAUCUUAGUUUAUAAUACGUGCAGACAACAUUUAUAAUGCGUACAGACAACGUUUAUAAUACGUACAGACAACGUUUAUAAUACAUACAGACAACGUUUAUAAUACGUACAGACAACGUUUAUAAUACGUACAGACAACGUUUAUAAUACGUACAGACAACUUGUAGGUAUCCAACGUUUUAUAAUACGUACAGACAAUUGCAAAUAUGUUGCCAUAAUUUAGAAGUUCAUAGAGUGGGUUUUGAAUUUGUUUUUAAUAUUGUCUUUUUUGAAAGUGGUAUGAUCAUUGUAUGAAGUUUAUAAACUACUUUGGCCAUAAUGUUUCCCUUUCCAUAAUACUGUCUGUAUGUGCAUAAUAUUGUCUGUAUAUACAUAUUCUUAAAUAACAGAUGCAGAUGAACAUAAUAACGGAGAGGAAGAUGUUAAUGUGGUUGUUUCGGAAGUAGGCAUGAUAUUUGAUACCACAGACGCGGUGUUUGAGUUUUACAAAACAUAUGGAAGAAGUUUAGGAUUUCCGGUAAGAAAAAGAACAUCAACAAAGGAUAAAAAGAAGGGCGAGGUAGUGUCAAUUGUGAUAGAGUGUUCACGGGCGGGAAGAAGAGGUAGCAAGGCAUUAAACUGUUUGAAACCUCAACCUUCAAUGCAAACAUCUUGUUCGGCUAGAAUUAGAGCACACACUACUUAUGUUGGGUCAUGGGAAAUUUCAAAAGUGUAUUUAAAUCAUAAUCACCCCACGAGUCCCACAAAAUCCAGACUAUUUCGUUGCAAUAGGAAGUUGACACCACACGCCAUGAGAAAUCUUGAGAUUAAUGAAGUUGCAGGAAUACCCGUUCACAAGAGUUUUAACUCCGUUGUUGUUCAAGGGGGGGGGGGGGUAUGAUGCCCUACCUUUUAUUGAAAAGGAUUGUAGGAAUCACAUUGACAAAAUUCGGGAGCUUAGGCUAGGAAGUGGUGAUGCAAUGGCUAUACAAGCAUUUUUUUCUAACAUGCAAACACAAUGUCCCGGUUUCUUCUUUAGUGUUGAUUUAGAUGAUGAGUCACGCUUGAGAAAUGUAUUUUGGACGAAUAAUAUAAGUAGGUAUGCAUACAAAGUUUUGGAAAUGUCAUUACCUUUGACACAACCUACCUAACUAAUUGCUAUGAUAUGCCCUUUGCACCAUUUGUGGGAGUGAAUCAUCAUGGCCAAUCUAUAUUAUUUGGAUGUGGCCUAAUCUCAAAUAAAGAUACACAAACUUUUGUUUGGCUCUUUAAGGCUUGGCUUGAUUGUAUGGAGGGUUGUGCUCCAAGCGGUAUUAUAACUGAUCAAGACCGUGCCAUGCAAAAUGCAAUUCAACUUGUAUUCCCGAAUACUAGGCACCGUUGGUGUUUGUGGCAUAUCAUGAAGAAGUUACCCGAAAAAAUGGGUGGCCAUGUGGAUAAAGAUCACAUCAUGUUCAAGAUUCAUGAACUAGUUUAUGAUUCACAGCACACCACAGAGUUUGAGGCUGGUUGGGAAGUUAUGCUCCAAAGGUUUUCACAAGAGCAUGAUGAAUGGCUGCUGGUUAUGUACAACGAACGUCGUCGUUGGGUGCCCUGUUACUUGAAACCAUAUUUUUGGGCAGACAUGUCAACCAAUCAACGAAGUGAAAGCAUGAACGCCUUCUUUGACGGCAUUAAUGGCAGCACAUUUGAAGUGAGAGAGAAUCAUGUCAUCAAUGGGUUUGAUAAGAGUUCAAACUUGAUUGUUGAGUAUGAUAAUUCAACAUCCAAAGGAUUGUGUAGUUGCCACUUAUUUGAGUUUCGAGGCAUUCCAUGUAGACAUUUUCUUAUGGUGCUAAUUCGGCAUGAUGUUAAAGUGUUGCCUGAUUGUUACAUAAUGUCAAGAUGGCGAAGAGACAUCAAAAGAGCUUACACACGAGUGAAAAUUAACUACGAUGGUUGGAUCACAAUCGUGGAACAACAAAGGUUUGAUAAGUUGUGUAAGACUUUUGAGACCCUUGCGAAUUCCAUUGCUGAUGAUGAAGAAAAGUGCAACAGUGUAAUGAUGUGGCUUCAACGGCAAUUGGAACAACAUGACCACCAUCCUUCUCAUUCUUCUAUAUGUGGUGUCAUGACACCAUUACCACAAUCCGGAAGAAAUGUUGCUAAGGACCAACCACAAAUAAUUCAUAAUCCUAAGUCUUCAAAACGGAAGGGUGCUCCCAGGAAAAAUCGUUUGAAGGGGCCACUAGAAAAGGGGAAAACUAACGCAAAGGUAUGCUGCCUUGCACUUUCUGUGAAACAACAGACAAUGUUUAAAC